CUAAUUUGAUUACAGGCGCUUCUGGAUACUCAAAGACAGUUGCGAGCUCACAUCUCCAACUUCACCUUCAACUUGGGCUUUUCUGGCAAAUUCUAUCACACAGGUACCGUGGAGGAAGAUGAGGGAGACGAUUUACUGCUGAAGUACGUGGAUGAGUUCUGGUGGUUUCCCCACAUGUGGAGCCACAUGCAGCCUCACCUCUUCCACAAUGAGUCCUCACUGCUGGAGCAGAUGGUGCUCAACAAGGAGUUUGCGUUGCAACAUGGCAUUCCAGUGAAUAUGGGAUACGCAGUGGCCCCCCACCACUCGGGGGUCUAUCCGGUCCAUCUGCAGCUUUAUGAGGCUUGGAGACGAGUAUGGAACAUCCGGGUGACCAGCACGGAGGAAUACCCCCACCUCAAGCCCGCCCGCUACCGCAAGGGUUUCAUCCACAGUAACAUUAUGGUGCUACCUCGUCAGACGUGUGGCUUGUUCACUCAUACCAUCUACUAUAAGGAAUAUCCCGGUGGGCCUAAAGAAUUGGACAAAAGCAUACGAGGAGGAGAGUUGUUCCUCACUGUUUUGCUCAACCCAAUCAGUAUAUUCAUGACUCACCUGUCCAACUACGGCAACGAUCGUCUCGGACUCUACACAUUCGUCCACUUGGCCUCUUUUCUUCGCUCGUGGACAAACCUAAGGCUCCAUACACUUCCUCCUUCUCAGCUGGCACACAAAUACUUCCAGUUGUUCCCUGAACAGAGGGACCCACAGUGGCAGAACCCGUGCGAUGACAAACGACACAAAGAUAUCUGGUCGAAAGAGAAGACCUGUGACAGAUUACCCAAAUUCUUGGUGGCAGGACCACAGAAAACAGGGACAACAGCACAUCUUUUCCUCCUCAUGCAUCCCUCCAUCUCUAGCAACUUCCCCAGUCCAAGCUUACGAAGAGGUCCAGUUUUCAACACCAACAACUACCACAAAGGAAUAGACUGGUAUAUGGAGUUUUUUCCUGUACCCUCCAACAUCAGCACAGACUUCCUGUUUGAGAAAAGUGCCAACUACUUUCCCUCAGAGGAGUCCCCGCGGCGCGUCGCAGCUCUGCUGCCCAAGGCCAAGAUAAUCACCCUUCUCAUCAAUCCCUCGGAUCGAGCCUACAGCUGGUACCAGCAUCAGAGAGCUCACGAGGACCAUGCGGCACUCCGCUUUACCUUCUACGAUGUCAUCAGCGCCAGGUCAGGCGCCCCGGCAGAACUGCGUUCCCUGCAGAACCGCUGUUUGAACCCUGGCCUGUAUGCCACGCACCUUGAGAGAUGGCUCACGUACUACCCUGCUAACCAGGUAAUGAUCAUCGACGGCCAUCAGCUGAGAGCAGACCCUGCUGCUGUCAUGGAUGAAGUCCAAAAGUUUUUGGGAGUCACUCCUCAUUUCAACUACUCACAGGCUCUCACUUUUGAUCCUCAAAAGGGAUUCUGGUGCCAGCUCCUUGAAGGAGGAAAGACAAAGUGUUUGGGGAGGAGCAAAGGACGAAAGUAUCCUCCUAUGGAACCAGAGGCUCGGGCAUAUCUGUCCAGGUACUACAGGGAACACAACGUGGAGUUGUCAAAGCUGUUGCAUCGCCUCGGACAGCCUCUUCCCUCCUGGCUGAGAGAGGAGUUGCAGAAGGUUAGAUAACCUUUGCAUCCAUGAGCCGGCGUUAAAGGCUACAGGUGAAACAGUACGGAGCAAACCUGGAGCAUCGACCCUCAGACGCACUCUCCAGCGAACCCCGAGGGCAAGACGAGGAACGUGAGGCCUUGUUUCACACCUCUGAAAGGCAAAGAAGUGAAGAGAGAGCAAUGAAAUUGGAACAGUUGGGCUGGGGUGAAAGGAUGAAUGGUUGGAGCGGCUUGAAAGUCACUGAGGACAAAGAGUUCAUCAAAGUAGAACUCUCACGCAGACCUGCAGUAAGGUUUUGUGUGAUUUUCACCUUUAAUUUAUCACACCGGAACAGCGCUGGUCAGCUGUGUGAACCCCGUCAUGUGCACUACUUCUUCAAAGAUAAAAUGAAAGAAAAAAAGAUGGAAAAAAACCCCACACAAAAUCCCUUUCGUUUCUCGUGUUGUUCCUGCCACAUUAGGAAUACGAAGAAGGGGCAUCGUCUCAGGGUGUGUGGCCGCCUGUUGUUUGAUUUUCUUUGAGUUUGUUUGUUCAGAGUGAAAGUAGUUGCUAGUAGAUCUGGCAGCCUCGUUCACUUCAGAGAUGUCACCCCAGGCUGUCUCCAGAAAAUAAGAAGUGGGAAGGCGCGUUGAGGUAAGAGGUCUGUACGUUACUUUCUAGCAUGAAGAAGAAAAUGGCGCAAUCUACAAGGUUGGUGGUGUCAUUGCUGAAGACAGCAGCAAAGGCAAUUGACCAAAACGAGCGGACGGAACGCGUAUGAUGCCUGGUUGUCCCCCCCUCAUCCCCGACCCCCUCCUUAUAAGUUGUUUACCUUCAGUUUUAUGACAACGAUCUUAAAAUGUCAAAAAUAAAAACCAAAAUUAAAAGAAAUGCAUACAUUGGAA